CGAAACACAAAUCGAAUGAACUACUGGGUCGGCCCAGUUUUCCUUUCGUCCUUUUUUUCCUCUCUAUAUAUAAAGAUUUCUGAAUUCGCGUCCGACCAACGCAAACCCAGGUCGGAGCGCUUAGAUCUCUACUCACAACUUGAAUCAAUGGCUGAUCCCGAACUCGAAGCAAUCAGACAAAGAAGAAUGCAGGAGCUUAUGGCUCAACAAGGCGCUGGAGGGGCCAGAGGGCAGCAAAACCCUGAACAGCAGAAGGCAAAUGAUGAUGCCAAGAGGGAGGCAGAAGAACGGAGGCAGAUGAUGCUUAGUCAGAUUUUGUCAUCUGAAGCUCGAGAAAGACUUGCUCGAAUUGCUUUGGUGAAACCUGAGAAGGCAAGAGGUGUUGAAGAUGUCAUACUGAGAGCUGCUCAAAUGGGCCAAAUAGCUGAGAAGGUUACUGAGGAGAAGCUUAUUUCAUUGUUGGAACAGAUCAACAACCAAACCACCAAGCAGACUAAAGUCACUAUUCAGAGGCGUCGGAAUGUUCUUGAAGAUGAUGAUUGAUUUGGAUUUGUGUGUUACAGUUGAUGGCUUCGCUGUAAAUUGAAACAUAAAGCACUUGUUAUUGUGUUGUGAAAUAUGUUACUCUAUCCAUGCUUCUACUCUUUCAUCUUGAUAUUUUGAGUAAUAUCCUCCAGUGCAAAUUUUUGCAUGAAGUUGAGAAUUUUCCACCCAUUAUUGUUGUAAGCUUUUGACAUGUCAAUUGGAAAUGGAACAUGGAGACAGUUGGAUUGGAA